GGAGCGCCAGUUCAGCGGGGGAUUCGCUCCCUGUGUGCACACGAUCUGUUCGCGGGAAAGACGAGCAACAGCAACGGCGCGAAAAUAGCCAAGCUCCGGCUAAUCCGACGAGCUCCUCCGUGUUAUUGAAAGUCUCUUCAGAUCGUCCCCCGUUGCAGCUCUCGGCCCCGGGAUGCUUUUCCGCUCGAUCGUAGACAGAGGAGCUGGCAGACGGAGGCUGAACGUCCUACCUGUGGACCCCUGGCCCAGGUACCCUCUCAGCUCCCUUCUAGGAGGCUUCCAGUGUGUCCGACACGAUGAACACAUCUCCUAUGGCAACCUGGGUGAUGCUGUGCCGCCAUUUGGAUUGGCUUUCUCCUCAGCGGGGAACAUGCAGAACAUCUUGGCAGCGGCUAAUGAAGAAGGCAUUGUUAGGAUCUACAACACAGAGAGCCGGGAAAAUCCACUUGUUAAAGAAUGGCUGGCUCACGAGAAUGCCGUCUUCGACAUAGCCUGGGUACCGGGGGAACCUCACUUGGUGACUGCGGCUGGUGAUCAGAUGGCCAAGCUGUGGGAUGUGAACUCAAAGGAGCUGUUGGGCACCUUCAAGGGUCACCUCUGUAGCCUCAAGUCUGUUGCAUUUACACCCUGGGAGAAAGCUGUGUUCUGUACUGGGGCCAGAGAUGGAAAUAUUAUGGUCUGGGACACCAGGUGCAGCAAAAAAGAUGGCUUCUACAGACAGGUGAAACAGAUCAGCGGUGCUCAUAACAAAGCAGAGACGAUCACUCCCGCCAAAAUCAAGAAGAGGCGGAGUAGCAUGCGUGGCAUGGCUCCCAGUGUGGGUACCCAGCAGAGUGUCACAGUGGUUCUGUUUCGGGAUCAGAACACCCUCAUCUCUUCUGGAGCUGUUGAUGGAGUGAUCAAGGUGUGGGAUCUGAGGAAGAACUACACUGCACUCCGCCAGGAUCCUGUUCCACUGCAGGCGUACCCGUACCCGGGGUCUUGCAUGCGCAUGCGUCUGGGUUAUUCGGGACUUGUACUGGACUCCACCAGAUCCAACGUCAUAAGUAACUGCACUGAUGAUAAUAUCUACAUGUUCAAUGUCAGUGGGAUGAAAACGACUCCAGUCGCUGUCUUCAGUGGCCACGAGAACUCCUCGUUUUAUGUGAAGUCCAGUAUUAGCCCAGAUGACCAGUUCUUGGCCAGUGGUUCAAGCGACAAUAACGCAUACGUCUGGAAGAUCUCUGAUCCGAAAAGCCCUCCCGUGAUGCUCCAAGGCCACAGUGAGGAAGUGACAUCUGUUGCGUGGUGCCCGACUGAUUUUACUAAGAUCGCUUCCUGUUCCGAUGACCACACUGUACGGAUCUGGAGGCUUCACCGGGAAAUGAAUGGAGCGCAAUCUUCAGUGGGAGAGGCCAACCUUGUGGGUUGGGCACGUCAUCAUAAAUCUCCCUCGCGGCCUUCAAUCGGAGCCGAAACAACGCCUGCCAAGAUCCAGAGGACAGAGAGUCUCGGCGGCUUGGCGUCGCCCCAGCUUGCCGCCUGCGCUCCCAGCGGCGCUGCGUUGCCUCUGCCCUCCAGCACCACCUCACCCGUCCCUUCACAGGAGGCCACGGCCGCCGCCGUUCGCCUAAGGUCGCCGUCUUCUAUCCGGCAGUGGCUGUCCCCUAGCUGUGGCUCCCCGGGCCAGGUCAGUCCUCUGGGCCGCAGGGUGCUGAGCCCGGCGAGCGGCUCCUCUCCCACGGAGCGACGGGCCAAACGCAGGCUGGAGACCGGCGACGGCGCCCCUGCAGGCUGUGAGGGUGCGGAACAGUGUGACUGUGUUUCUGAACUCCACCCUGCGGCCAAGAGGAGCCGCGGCCUGUCGGGGAUCUGCUGCCCUGCUCAAGAGAGCCGCCCACAAACGGACUGUCACACAGAGGACAACGCGGAAGUCUCGUCGCGACAGGCGGGCAAAGAGAACUGCUCCCCCAGAGAAAAGGACUGGUUGUCAGCGAUGGGCCAAAAGAUGAGGAAAGGUCAAGGAAGCCCUGGUGCCCCCAGAAGCCCCAGCUGCUCUAAGAAACACGAAGACAGGAUGCCAGCUUCCCCGACGAUCCGCUCACCUCAAAACAUGAAGAAAAUCUCUGUGUAUUUCUCAAGGCCACUGGAGUGACACUUCAGCCAGUUGGAUGGUCUGUGAAAUUAUUGGGGGGGUUUUUUGUUUGUUUUUUUUAACCGGAAUUGACAGACCAUACGCUUCGAAGAACACUGAUCAAAAUCUAGGUUACACCAGUGUAUGAACAUGACCUGCAUAACUUUCAGAAUAAUUGAUUCUGCACUUUUAAAAUCCCAGGAGGCAGGUUAUUAUUUGGAUUAGGCAAUGGGUUUUGCAGUUGCCUUCUACACCGUUUUUGUGCUGUACACAACCUCUGGUUGAAAAAAGUUGUAUGUUGCUGAGUAAAACAUUAAUUUUACUCAAAAGUGACAGCUUCAGAUAUACUUGAUGCACAUUUAACAAAGUUGUUCAGCUGGUCAACCAUGUAGAAAUCUUCAAAUGCAGAGAGAUUUUUAAAUUCUUAAAUACAAUUUAUCUUCAUCUAGUUUUAUGAACUUCACUAAGUUUAUUUAUUCCUUCCGUGUAGAUUUUUGCAGUUUUUUCUUUCGUAUUUUUUUUCCUUUCAAUCGAAUCUACAUCAAGUUCUACCAAAAUUAUAUUUCUUCAUUAAUGUUGUUUAUAUGUACAAAAAUAACCAAUGAUUGUUGCUUGGUUAAAUUGUAUUUCAUUGAUGCAAAUUUGCUGUCAGAUUUUAUUAAAUUGAAAAGAUUUUUCAUGGUGUAUGUCAUGGUAUCGUUUACAAUUUAUUUCAUUGAGACAAAUGUGUUGGUGUGAUAAGAAUUUGCUUGGUGUGACUAAUGUUAUCAUUAAUACAUGGUUACAAAGGUUGCAAAUAUUUUUUUGGACUCUUAUAUUUGAUUUCAAACUGAGGUUAAAGUAAUUAAAAUGGAUAAAAACAGGCAAUUCUGUAACUUAAAUGUUUGUCUUGCCUGUUAAGGUUCUCUUUUUAUAACGCGUUUAACCCAAAUCUACAUUCUUCAAUAUGUUGUAUAUUUGGUAUU